AUGCCAAACAAAGAAACUAUUCAACUUGCAAUUAAGGAUUUAAGAGCUGAAAAGGUCAAAAAUUACACUGCAACUGCUAGGAAGCACUCAAUUAAUAAGGAAACACUGCACUGGUAUUAUAAUGGCUUGCAACUCAUGCAGGAUGAAGCAGCCUUCCAACAUAAGAAGAAGCUCUCAAAUCAGCAAGAACAAAUGCUUCUGCUUCAUAUAGAGGAGUUUGCAGCUCACAGCUUUGCUCCUACACCUCAAAUCAUUCAAAAUCUCAUUGUGGAAAUCAUCAAAGAACCUGUUGAAAUCCACUGGGUGAGAUGUUUUACUGAGUGCUAUAAGCCUCAAAUUCAAAGAAUUCAUGUCCAUGGCAUUGAUCAAAAACACAAGAUAGCAGAUAAUUCUACUCAUUUUGAGCAUUAUUUCCAGCUAUUGAAUGAGAAGAUCAAAAAAUACAAUAUUGAGCCAUCAAAUAUCUACAAUUUUGAUGAAAAGGGCUUCUUAAUUGACAUUGACCAGGCUACUAAGCAGAUCAUUCCAGUUGAAGCUAUGAAGGCAAAGUGA